ACCAACCCCAGCCCGCAAAAUUCUAUUCAUUAAGUAUCAAAAGGCAAAAGCACGUGGAAACAUGAAAUGGGGAUUGUACUUUUCUAGUUUUCGAGGUGGAGCUUCGACCAUGUUGGAGUCUAUAAAUUUCUAGCGGGCUGUAGUUUCUCUUGCUUUUGGUAGACACACGGGAAACCUCAUUGUCAUACUCUCUCUGUCUUUCUUUCUCCCCAAGUGUUGUGUUUUUACUUAUGGCCACAGUUGCAAAGAGGAUUAACAACUCUAGUGAAGAAAUUGAGCUUCGAAGAGGACCAUGGACUCUUGAAGAAGACACUCUUCUCAUCCAUUACAUUGCUUGCCAUGGUGAAGGCCGUUGGAACCUGUUAGCUAAAUGUGCAGGAUUGAAGAGGACUGGAAAGAGUUGCAGAUUAAGAUGGCUGAACUAUUUAAAACCAGACAUCAAGCGUGGAAACCUUACUCCACAAGAGCAGCUCUUGAUCCUUGAACUCCAUUCGAAGUGGGGUAACAGGUGGUCAAGAAUUGCACAACAUCUACCUGGAAGAACUGACAACGAGAUCAAGAACUACUGGAGAACAAGGGUGCAAAAACAGGCAAGGCAACUCAAGAUCGAGUCUGAUAGCAAGAGGUUCAUCGAUGCGGUUCGGCGUUUCUGGAUGCCCAGAUUGCUCCAAAAGAUGGAGCAAGCCUCUACUUCUUCAACUGCUGCUGAUACUGUGACUACCAACACUACUAACACCACUACCGUGAAUUCCCAGAGCUCAACUAUUCCUGCUCUGCUACCCAACCAGAUCACUGUCUCAUCAUCUCCCCCACAAAGCUCAGUCACUAGCCCAAGUAUUUCUACAUCAGAUUCCAUGAAAAUUCCACUGCUGCCAGAAAUUUCGGAACACCCAACAAGUCCUUCUCAAGCUAUUGGCAACACUGUCCACAACAACCCCGUUAUAAAUGAUUGUUCCUAUGUGGACAGCAGUGUCUAUGACAUGGAGCCUUUGGCUCCUUCGUCAGCAAUAGGGACUUAUGACUUUUCAUUGUUCUCUGACUACCAAAUGGCAGAAAAUGAUUGGAUAGAUCUGUGGAAUGUGGAUAAAUUAUGGUAGUUUAGGGGCACCCAAGAAAAUAACGGGAGAAAAAGAGAAGGUUGUGAUUGUUUAGGAAGUUAGAAGACACGGGCAUCUAGGGUGGACUUGCUGUUAUGGGAGGGUCCACUAUCAGUUCAUGACUGAGACAUGAUAUUCAUCUACAUAUAGGGUUAUUUUACUAUUUGAUAGCUCAAAUAUUAUAGUUUUAGGUUGUGAGUUUGUGACGUAUAUAUGUAAUCAACUGCAAUAAAGCAAAGCAUUCCUGUGGGUGUAGCUCUUC